GCUCGGCAACUUCGAUCAGUCAGUGAAAGCAAUGGAAAGGUGGGAACAUGGACCUCGCGGUUCUCGUCUCCGGUGCUCUGUCGUUCGUCCUCUAUCUCAAUUCCCUGGAUGCUGACUUUGCCUAUGACGACAGAUGACGGGAGACUUUCAUCUUAUGGCCGUCUACUAAAGCUAAAGGUUCCCCAGAUCAUGACAGUGUAGCUGUAAAGAUUACAGUUGUGGAUCCAUUGACUUUAGAGGUCGAGCUAUCAAGAAGAACCAGGACCUGUUGCCGGAGACUCCACUAAUUAACCUGUUCUUUGAUGACUUUUGGGGGACCCCCCUCACCCACAGCGGAUCUCACAAGUCCUACAGGCCACUAUGUGUUCUCUCCUUCAGACUCAACUACUAUUUCGGAGAAUUCAGUCCGUGGGGUUACCACCUGGUGAACAUUCUCCUUCACGUCGUAGUGACCACUGUUUUUACUAAAUUAGUGAGGAUUUUUCUGCGAGAUGAUUUUCCAACAUUUACUGCGGGACUGUUAUUCGCAGCACAUCCUGUCCACACGGAAGCGGUGGCGGGAAUUGUGGGCCGGGCUGAUGUUGGCGCCUGUUUAUUCUUCCUCCUCGCCUUCCUGAGUUACAUACAGUAUGUGAAGUACAGGGACCAUGUGACGGAGAAUGAUGCCCCAUUUGGGGCACUACUGUGCAUCGUGGGCACAGCCAUUUUCACAACAGCAAGUAUGCUCACGAAGGAACAAGGAGUGACUGUUAUAGCCGUGUGUGCUACAUAUGAUUUGUUCGUUCACAACAAAGUACAAAUCGCAGAUAUUAUUUCAUUUAAAUGGUUGGGAAAUAAGAAGAUUCGAGAGGGGAUUCUAUCUUUAGGAUUUAUCGGAUUUCUACUGGUGGCAUUCCGAAUCAUGUUCAUGGGAAACAAAACCCCGGAAUUCGCACCCUCGGAUAAUCCAGCAUCGGAUUCUGAUGCUGUAGUAACACGAUUUCUCACAUACAUUUUACUACCAGUGUACAAUACAUGGAUCUUGUUGUGUCCAAGAGUGCUCAGUUUUGAUUGGUCCAUGGAUGCUGUUCCAUUAGUCGAGUCCAUAGGAGAUAUACGCAAUGUAUUUUCAGUCAUAUUUUAUGCCAUUUUAAUUUACAUAUCUUCAAAUUUAUUGAGCUAUAUACACAAAAGCAGUUACUGCAAUAGUCAUACAUAUACACAAAUCAAGUCUCACCAGAAUGGGAAUGGGGUGUCCCACCACGGGAAUCACUGUAGUCAGAAAAACAAUCACAAUAGCAAACGUCAUAAACAUUCCCGGCGAGGAUCCAACAGUUCAACAGGGAGUGAGGAGGAUCAAGCAGAGGUGGGAUCCAAUAACUUCAAGUCUCAAGACAUCUUAAUUAUAUCAUUAUCGCUGAUGGUAUUCCCAUUCAUUCCGGCUACAAAUUUAUUUUUCUACGUGGGAUUUGUGAUUGCUGAGCGAGUGCUUUAUAUUCCAAGUAUGGGGUUCUGUCUUCUUGUGUCGUAUGGUGCUAACUGUCUAUAUAAGAGGUACAGCGGUGAUUUAGCAAAGAAGAAGUGCAUUCUGGGAAGCAUGGGACUGCUGUUGUUCAUGUUUUGUGGGAGAACGGUUCUCCGAAACCGAGUAUGGCAGUCGGAGGAGAAUUUAUACAGCUCAGGCCUGACUACCAACCCAGCAAAAGCUUGGGGUAACUUGGCAAAUGUCUGGAACCAACAGGGGAAAAGGUUUGAGGCAGAACAGGCCUACAGGAACGCCCUGAAACACCGUGGCAACAUGGCGGACACCCACUACAACCUAGGCAUCUUGCUUCAAGAUCAGAAACGGAUGGAGGAAGCUAUAGAGAGCUACAAGAGAGCUAUUCAGUACAGACCCAAACUGUCAAUGGCCCACCUAAACUUGGCCAUCAUCUAUGCAGGACAAGGAAAGUACAUGGAGGCAGAAAAGAUCUACCGCCAUUGUGCUGACCUUGAUACCUCAGGGCUGAAGGACCCUCGCCUCCACGAAAACACCAAGAUCUCGGCUCUGUACAACCUGGGAAGGAUGUUGUCUGAACAAGAGAGGAACAGAGAGGCAAUUGAAGUCUAUAAAGAGGCACUGAGGAGGAGGCCCAGCUACUACGCUCCUCAGUCAAUCUAUAACAUGCUAGGUGAGGUGUACAUGAAGGUGGGGCAGACAGAGGAGGCUGAGAGAUGGUACAAAGAAGCCCUGAAAGCCAAAGCUGACCAUGUGCCUGCCCAUCUGACCAUGGCUAAACUGCUGCAUAAAAAGAACCGGAUUAAGGAGGCGGAAGAAUGGUUCAAGAAAGCCAAACAGCUUGAUCCCGAUGAUACAAUGGUGGAUCAUCAUUACGCCCAGUUCCUGGGAGAGACCGGUAGAUUGAAGGAGUCCUCAGCCAUGUACAGGCAGGCGAUCUUCAAGUCUCCUAAUGAUUUUGAACUUGUAUUCAAUGCUGCCAACAUUCUAAGACAAGAUGGUGAUAAUGAGGCAUCGGAAAAACUCUAUGAAAAAGCAGUACAGCUCAAGCCCAAUGUGGCUACUGCUCACAUGAACUUAGGAGCAAUGUACCAUCUCAAUGGAAAACUGGAAAAGGCAGAACAAAGCUACCAGGAUGCUCUAAAGCUUAAGCCUGAUGAUGUCACGACACAGCAGAAUCUAAUCAAACUGCGCAAUCUGAUGCAGAAUAAUGGCCGCCAGAGACAAAACGGCAAAAGAUGAGGCCAAGGUUAUUGAACUAGAGCAAUAUUAGGAAAAGCUAAGUCAAUCAUAUUGUAAGUUGAACACUUUCUUCAGGCAAGAAAAAACCAGACGCAUCAGACAGAGCUGACUUGCUUUCACUGAUUGCGAAAAAAUACGUUCUUGCUGUUGCGGGAUGUAUAAAACACACAAGAUAAACGAGAAUAAUAUAUAUAUAUAUAGACUCGCAGUUGUGAGAUACUGUAUGUGUGCUUGUUUUACCAAGUUCAAAACUUGUAGUGCAAUAAUGCAAGUCACAGAGUUUUUUGGGCGCAGUCAUGCAUUAGUACAUUAAGUGUUGUGUUAUGGAUGCUUUGAUAGAACUCUAUAUUUUGGCAUUGAUCACAAAAUAACAGAUCAACAAACAUUAAAUCAUAUAUACGAAUAUUAUAAGUACACAUGCAGUGUACAGUAGCUGAAACGAAAUCGAAAAUCUUUCGUUCACUGAAAAUAUUAAUGUUUCUUGCAUUGAUUUAUUGUCAUUUUGUAGUUUUUAUUCUUAGAUUAUAGUUCAUUAUGCUUUGUGAAAGUGGAUUUUUGAAGUUCAGUAACAAAGUGUCAUCAAUGUUUAUGCAAUGUGUUUUGUAUGAUAAGCAAACAAAAAUUACUGAGGUGUAAGUUUUGGUGUUUUUUACAUUAAUUAAUAUUGUUGACAUAUUUUCCCUCUUUAUUUUGAUUGUUUCUUUAUUUGCAAUAGUGCCUUUCAAAGCACAGAUCAAUGUCUUUUAAUUUGAUAUGCAAUAACUCUGUUUAAUGUUAGAGAGAAUUUUGAGCAUUGUUACUGAAGUAUCAUUUUAGAGAACAUUGUAAAAGUCAAAAGUUAAAUUAUUGGGGGGUUUUCACUUAAUAAAUCAUUAAAAAUUUUCUACACAUCCCAAUUCAUAAUACAUAUAGCUCUGUUUAAGUUAAACCACAGGAAAUUACUGAAAUUUCAUUCAGAUUUUUUAUAAACAAACUGUUGAAGUCAUGCUAUUUUAUUUAUACAGUCAUGAACAAAAUUGUGAUACUCAGACUGGUUUUUAUGGUCAUGCUUCAAGUCCUGUGUUGUGGAGAAAUUUUGUCUCCCUGUUUUUUUUUUCAUGUAUGCAAAUUAUUGUGAGAUAUUUGCUGAAAGAGCAAAAUCAUGUUAAUCUUGCUUGAUAAUCCACAGCAAUCAAAUGCAAUACCCGCAAUUUCUACUUUCAGAUUACCUUCAUGCUUGACUGCAAUACUUUCAUAAUAACUUAAUAACUUUAUAUUUACAGAGAAUUAAAGUGACAUUUUAUGGAAAAUUACCAAAGGAGAUAAUAUAAAGAUAAAAUACUGAAAGCAUUGAAUAGCACUAUUCUGGUAUUUACAUGAAGCAUGGCUUUACUCUGGCAACAACAACAAGGUGUAUCACUCAUUAUUUUACCAGUGGCUUUACAGUCCUUCACAAACAAAAAGAAAUACACCAUGUAAAGUAAUCAAAACAUAGCAAGUGAAAUGACCAUUGAUGGUGCAACAGGUUUGCUUAGUAACACAUUCAGCACUUAAGGUGGUGUAAGACCAGAAGUGCCUGUGAAUGGAUUGAGAAUCAAUUGAUGCCAAUAAGUUCAUCGUCGCUUAUUCUCAGUGCUUAAAAAGGUGGGGGGGGGGGGUGUAACUCCAUUACAUUUCGUGUAAGGUUCUAGUCCUAUAUAAUAGGUUUCAGAUGGACCAGCAAGGAGACGCUGGACUGUUCCAUUGCUUCAAAAGCAUGUGCAUGUUCCUGUAUUUAAGUGAAUGUAUGGUCCGCGGUGUAAGGUUACAUGUUUUUGUCCAUAUUUGAUAGUCACUGAUGCCAACUGUACAACAGUGUGUGUAAAAAGUUUGCAAGCUUUUUUUCCGCCUGCAAAAUAUCAUAGUACUUCAUGUAUGUAUAUGUUGUACAAAGUUAUAAUUCCUAAUUUUUACAAGUCAGAAACCUUGAUCAAGAUCUCUUUAUUUGUGAGAUAGGGAUGGACUUAUUCAAUGUUUAUUGUCUGCUGUAGUUGUUAUGGUAACGAAUGAUCAUGGUACAUGUAUGUAUGAAGAAUGUUACUAUUGACUUAGAUUAGUGACUUAUAUAAUGUAAAGCUGACUGAUAGAUGAAAAUGUGUAAAAUGGAAUGAGCUGCUUUUAUUUUGACCAAUGACUUGAUUGAAUUCAUGGAAUCUGCAGAUCUUUGAUAUUGAAAGUGAGGCUGUUAACACUGUGAUGUAUGGGACAUUCCCUGGCGGUGUACGGGGGUACAUUGAGGACUGUGAAGAAACGGUCUCUGUAGAGGAAUUACUCCAUUUGUUACUAUUUGUCUUUUUAGAGAACUACUCAUAUUUUUCUGUUAGUAUAUUUUUUGAAUUUGUUGAUGCUUUGUAAUAUGUGUUAUUAAAGAUGCAAUAAAAACGACAAA